CAUGGUAUCAGAGCCUAACAUUUGUUUUUUUCUUCACUCAUCUUUUCUUUGUUCGAAGUGUUUGAACUUCUUUCUUUGUGAAACUGAAGUCUCAAGUCUCUCUUGAUCUUUUGCCAAGUGUACCAGAUGAGUUCCUCAACUACCUUGCCUUCUUCUUCGGCUGAGAAAGAUUCACUUUCACCAAUUUUUCUACUGUCCAACAUCUGUAACCUGAUUUCAAUGAGGCUUGACUCUACAAAUUUUGUCCUUUGGAAAUUCCAAUUGACAGCGAUUUUGAAAGCUCAUAAACUUUAUGGCUUUAUUGAUGGUACUAAUCCAUGUCCUCCUCGGACUAAUAAUUCCUCUUCUACCUCAACCGUUCCGCCUCAAUCGAAUCCUUCAUAUGAAGAUUGGAUUGCUAAGGAUCAAGCUCUUAUGACAGUCAUAAAUGCUACACUUUCACCUGAGGCUUUGGCAUAUGUUGUUGGAAGCACUUCUUCCAAACAGGUUUGGGAUGUUCUUGCAAAGCUUUAUUCUUCUGGUUCCCGGUCUAAUGUGGUGAAUUUAAAGUCGGAUUUGCAAACUAUUUACAAGAAGCCUGAUGAAUCUAUUGAUGCCUACAUUAAACGGAUAAAGGAGAUCAAGGAUAAACUUGCUAAUGUUUCUACUUUUAUUAAUGAAGAGGAUCUUCUUAUCUAUGCUUUAAAUGGCCUUCCAAAUGAGUAUAACACUUUUCGAACGUCAAUGCGUACACGUUCUCAACCUGUUACUUUUGAAGAACUUCAUGUUCUUCUAAGAGCUGAGGAAUCAGCUCUUGCAAAACAAUCCAAGGGUGAUGAUUCGUAUAAUCAACCGACUGUUUUACUCUCUUCUUCUCAAUCUCUCCUGUCUUGUGCUCCUACUUUCGAUAACAACUUUGUUCGAGGCAAUGGACAUGGUAAACAUUAUGGACAUGGACGCUUUUCUUUCGAUGCUCAAACUCGUGGUCAUGGUUCUUCCCCAGAACAAAAGUCUGUUCAUGAUAAUCAUGCAACUUGUCAGAUUUGUUCACGUCGUGGCCACACUGCACUCGAUUGUUUCAAUCGCAUGAACUAUAAUUUUCAAGGACGUCAUCCUCCACAACAACUUGCUGCAAUGGUUGCAUCGCAGAAUAAUGCAUUUCUAUCUAUUGUGAAUUCGUCUUCUUUGACUGAUUCAGGUUGCAACACUCGUAUUACUUCAGAUAUGAAUUAUGUUUCUCUUGCACCUGAAUAUAAUGGUGAAGAACAAGUUGGCAUUGGUAAUGGACAGACUCGGCCUAUGUCCCACUCAGGGCAUUUCAAAUUCGAGUUGGCCUCUUGCUCAGCAAGUGUCGCACAAUUGUUUUGUGCCACUAACCAUGCAAGAUGGAAAGGGAAUAGUGAUGCCACCCAUUGGAUAAUCAUAUCCAAAUUCUUCUUCAGCUUGACUCAACAAAUUUUGAAACAAAGGUUGGUUCAAGUAAGAUAGCGGGAUGACAAAACGCUUCUUCUGUUCUUCUCCGACAUAGACCGUAAAGCAUCCUUUCAGAACAUCAAGAGACUUUGGAGUGGCUCUAUUUCCUGUCGAUGUGGAUCGUUGAAGACUUGGCUUAGUGUGAACAAUACUAGGCAAACGAAACCCCAUGGUAUAGUAUUUUUCUUUUCGAGGAACUAGUGGAACUUUUAACUUGAAGGAUUGUCAAAGGAGAUUUCUUGUGAUGCGGGAAUGUGGAAGGCUUGCUGUUUGUGAACCCAAUUAUAUGAUCCUUUAUAUAAAUGAAGGGUGAGAUUUAUUGGAGAUAGAAAUAUUGACAAGGCAAGAAGGUACCAUUCAAUGCCAGAAAGGAACUAACUCAGAAACAAUCACAUGGAUUUGUCUUUCAAGCCAUAAUGAGAACUUCAAGUUCAUGGGUUAACGUGGGGCCAUUUUGGAUCCUUACGUAGAAACAUCAUAGGUGGCCUACUUUUGUUUAUGGACAAUAUUGAGAAGAGAAUUCAAUACAACUAAGCAAGUUCCAGUAGAUUCAUAGACAUAUUUGAGGCACUUAAGGCUUUGUUGUCCUCUUGAUGAGAUAACAAUUGACAGCGACUAUAUGUUGACAGAAAAUUUAACUGCAUUAUAUAGCCAUGUCUGUCACAAUUUUUCGUGGUAUAAGAAUUUUAACUAAAGUGGGUUUUUUGUCGGUUGUUCAUAGUUGUAAAGCUCGGAAAAGUCAUACGUACAGGUGCCGUAGUACAACGUAAACUUGUAAGUGGAAGAAAAUACUUCCAAGUACAAGAUGAUAAAGAAAAAGAAACCCCAUUGUCAGCUUAGCAUUCAUUAUGAAGAGAACAUUU